AUGCCCUUUAGUCUCACAAAUACACCAGCCACUUUCCAGACUAUGAUCGACAACGUCCUACGAAAACAACUCGACAAAUUUGUUGUUGUCUACCUUGACGACAUCCUCAUCUAUUCCGACACACUCAAGGAACACAAGAAACAUGUGCACGAAGUACUCUAA